UCGGCAGUGGGGCAGCAGUGACGCUGGCUGAUCUCUCCCCGCAGUGUCCAAGAUCUGCACCCAGUGCGAGAUGGAGCACAAGGCGGACGGCAUGAUGGAGCAGAUGUGCUCCAGUGACUUCGUGGUGAAGAUGCGCAUCAAGGAGGUGACGGAGGAGAACGGGGAACGGCGCCUCGUGGCCGCCCAGAAGAAGAAGGUGCUGAAGCUGGGCCCGCUCAAGCGCAAGGACACCAAGAAGAUGGUGCUGCACAUGAGGAACGCGGGCACCUGCCCCUGCCCCCAGCUCAACAGCCUCAGCGGCAGCUUCCUGGUGAUGGGCCGCAAGGUGGGCGGGCGCCUGCUCCUCCUCGCCAUCUACCCCUGGCAGAAGCACAACAAGGAGAUGAAGUUCGCCGUCAAGUUCAUGUUCUCCUACCCCUGCCCGCUGUACCAUCCCCUGCUCUACGGGGCCGGGCAGCGCUAGAGCCCUGCCUGCCUCGUCCCAGGACUCCUGCCCUCACCAAUGGGUCCAGAGCACCGACCCUGCUCUGCACCCCCAGGACCCUUGGUUGCAUCUAGGACCCCUGGCUGCACCCCUGGGACCCCUGCUCUUCACCCCUGGGAUUCCCAGCUGCGUUCGUGGGAGCCUAGAUCUGCACCCUGGCCACACCUGAGAGCCCUGCUCUGCACCCUUGGGACCCCUGCCCACAACCAGGAGCUUUGGCUGCUCCCAGGACCCUUGAACCACAUCCUUGAGAGCCCAGCUCUGCACCAGAGACUCUUGGCUGCCCCGACACCCCUGCCUGGCACACCGGCUCCCCUGCCCUGCAUCCCGACGUCAUGCCCCAACCCCUCAGCCUUCCCAUAUUCCCACUCCAGCCCCCUGAGCAUCCCAUGUCCCCCUGC